CUAUGUGGCGUCCAUUUCCAUGACUACUUCCGGAUUCUUGAAGAAAAAUUCUUGGUUGCCUCGACUUUUAUUUGUAGCAACUGUUGCAUCAGUUUUGACAGGGUUUUUGUGACUGUUCCAAUAGUUAAUUGCUUUAAAAACAUUUAGAAUGAACCGGUGGUCUCUUUAGGAAAGCCUGCUUAAAUUUCUGACAACUGCGACCAUCAAAAACUCGUGAAAAGAAGAACGAUAAAUUAUAGCCAAAAUAGCCCUAAACAUUAAAUAUGUCUUCAAGCGCGCUGCCCCCGCUUGGAAAUUUGCCGUCUUGGUCCCGUGUAUCAACACUAGACCGCUCCCGGUAUCCAAAGCCGUUUCUACGCGAUCGAUUGCAGACACUACCACCAUCCGGAAACACGGAUCGUUUGCCAGACGGCGGCCAAGGCUCAAAAAUGGACAUUCAAUUAUUAAAUAAUUUACCACUAUCAGACCAACAGCGAAUAUUCUAUUACAACAAAAGUAUCAAGUUUUUGCAGCAGCAGCAAGCAGACACACUACAAAAGCUUCAUGAGGAGAUCAACCAACUUAAAGUAGAAAACAAAGAUUUACAGUUCAAAUUUGUCAUGAACAAAAACUCUUCAGACUUUUCACCAUCUCAUACCCAAGGUUCAGUUUUUCAAAGCAUGCUCCUACAAGAAGAAAUCAAGGACUUAAAAGCUGCUCUCAAAAGUGCACAGGGAAGAAACUGUAUGCUGCAGAAAGCAUUGAGAAAAAGGAGUGGCAAAAGUCGACCAACCAUGACAAGAAAUGAUUCAUCAGUCCAAGGGGGUAGUUCAAUGCAUGGAGAUUCAAACAGUGAAGAUGGUUUAUCAUAUGACUCAACAUUAGAUGAAGAAUAUCUUUCUACACCUCCAGAACUACCUCUACCACUGGGUGCGACACUUGACCCACUAAGGGUGACAGAAAAUGGAUCUGAGGCUCGUGUUCCAACUAUUUCCGAGUGCCAAGUUAUCAUCAAACAUCUUCACAAGUUAAGUGGAGAGCAGCUCCGUGAGAAUCGGAUGUUGAAAUCAGAUCUUCGGGACCUAAUUUACUCCAAGAAACGAUCUUCGGAACUUAGUGGAGUCAAAUCACUGGCUUCAGAAUCAAAAACAGAAGAACUGUUCAAGCUGCCAAAAGUAACGCUUAGAAGUCAGAAUGUUCAACAAGCUACACACUCUUCAUCUAGUACAAGUGAGCAUGUGAGUCUGCCAGCUUUGAAACACAGCAUGAACACGAACGUGGCGGACAGACGCAAACGCCAACAAGCCGUUCAAAGAGCCCGCUCCAAAAAGGACCAAAACAUCUUCUAGUUAUAACUUUCACCCCACAGCUUUGUCAUACGGUUUCAAUGUUCUGUAUACCUUAUUGUUUUUCAGUGCUCUUGUAAAUGUGAAGGUAUAAUGCUGUGGUAUGCAUUCCUACUUGUGAUUAAAUGCUUUGGCCACUGUAGUAAA